GCAAUCCCAGCCUCUGUUUGCUCAGUGGAAGGUGGGUGUCAGGGGGAUGCACAUGCUCCCAACCUGCACUGCUUCCGCUAAUGCCCCAGUCUGAGCCACCACUGACCAGCACCAGGUCCCUACUGUGCUCUGGCAGUGUCUGUGUCAUCACCUCCAUGGGGCUGGGAUGGGCUUCUGGCAAGAGGGAAUGGCUUCACUGUGCUGGCAUGCAGGGAGAGUGAGCACUGUGCUUUGCUUUGCAUUGGUGAUGGUGACAGCUGUGGCCCUGGCAUGGACACAACUGCUGUGCACAGCAGCUGGGACCUGACUGAGCCUGGUCUGCCUGGCUCAGCACCAGGGAUUGGGCCCUGGGAUGGGUCAGAGCUGAGUGUACUACGUGCACCCCAAGAGUUGGGAGAUGUUGAAGGUCCCUGAAGUCCACAGGGGAUGGGAUGGUGUCAUCCUUCCAGUUGUGCCCAUGUGCCAUGGCCUUGCUCUCCACUCAUGAGGGACGUCACUUCUCCCUGACCGUGGACACAGCAGCCUGUUCCUCUGUGGGUUUCCUUCUUUCUUCUGCUUCAUGGACACAGAAGGCACUGCAUCACCCUGUCCCUUGGGAGAGGGAACCUGAGGACACUGACACAGUAGCAAGCUGUCCUCCCCUACCCCUCAUUCCUGCAUACUCUUCUUGUUUCACUGGGAAAACAAGCUCAAUCCAGCCUAGCCCAGCAUAUCUGCAAAAACAGCCCUUUGACCUACACACUCCCCAGCUGUCCCUGGGGUCUCUGCAGGUGUGGAGCUAUGGACCCCCAGGUACCAAUACAGCCUCAGGUACAAUGAGUGCCUCACGGCAACCCCACUCCCCAGGAAUGGGCUGGAGGUCCUCCCUCACCCUGGGGGGGAAGGGAUGACCCCCGGGGAGGGCUGGGGACACUGGGAGGGCAGGGCCACAAGAUGUCCCUGAAUGUUAUCAGCCCAUCGUCUCACCUGCAGCAGGGGCUCAGCCCUCCGGCGGGACGGCAGGGCAGGGCAUAAAGGGCUGUGAAUCCCCCAGCCUUGCACACAGGACAGCAUGGAACAGCUGCUCUCUCCCAGGAUCUGCUUCUUCUUUCUUCUCCUUGCCCCGCUCACAGCCACUGCGACCUCAGACGCCGAGAAGACCCCACACUACUGGAAUGAAGGGGCCAGGAGGAAGCUGGAGGCAGCCCUGACCUUGCAGCCAGCGGCACAGCGAGCCAAGAACAUCAUCCUCUUUGUGGGUGAUGGCAUGGGGCUGCCCACAGUGUCAGCAGCCAGGAUCUACAAGGGGCAGCUGGCCGGCAGCUCAGGUGAGGAGAGUGUAUUGGCCAUGGAGAUGUUUCCCCACGUGGCCCUGGCCAAGACCUACACCAUCGACCGGCAGGUGCCUGACAGCGCCGGCACGGGCACAGCCUACCUGUGUGGGGUGAAGACCAAUGCCAAGACGCUGGGGCUGAGUGGGGCGGCUGUCUAUGGCAAAUGCCGCACAGCAUUCGGCAACGAAGUGGAUUCCGUCCUGCACCGGGCCCGGCUGGCAGGUAAGUCUGUGGGCAUUGUGACCACCACGCGGGUACAACACGCAUCCCCUGCUGCUGCCUAUGCGCACUCGGCCAGCCGCAGCUGGUACGCCGAUGCCAACAUGCCUCGGGAGAGCCUGCGGGAUGGCUGCAAGGACAUCGCACACCAGCUGGUGCACAACACCGACAUCAACGUGAUCCUGGGAGGUGGGAGGGCCUACAUGUCCCCCAGGUGGACCCCGGACCCUGAGUACCCAGAGGACCCGACGCAGAACGGAACCAGGAGGGAUGGGCGGGAUCUGGUGUCCGAAUGGCUCAGCAGCAGGAAGGGCGCACACUACGUCUGGGACAAGAAGGGCCUGGAUGCGAUUGAUGACACCUCUGUGAGCCACCUCAUGGGCCUCUUCGAGCCCAAGGACAUGAAGUACGAGCUGAACCGCAACGCCACCACGGACCCCUCCAUCGUGGAAAUGACGGAGAAAGCCAUCCGCAUCCUGCGCAGGAACCCCAAUGGCUUCUUCCUCUUUGUGGAAGGUGGAAGGAUCGACCACGGGCACCACAGCGGCCGGGCCAAGCAAGCGCUGAUGGAAGCCGUCAUGCUGGACCGGGCAGUAGCACGGGCAGGAGAGCUGACGGAGCCCUCUGACACACUGACCGUGGUGACAGCUGACCACUCACACGUCUUCACCUUUGGGGGCAACACGCUGCGAGGAGCCUCCAUCUUCGGGCUGGCCCCUAAGAAAGCAAAGGACAAGCGAGCCUACACCAGCAUCCUGUAUGGCAACGGGCCAGGAUACAGCAUCCGUGAUGGGGGCCGCCCAGCCGCCAGCCUCCCAACUAGGACAAGGACUACAGGCAGCAGGCAGCAGUCCCCCUUGACUUGGAGACCCACAGUGGGGAGGACGUGGUGGUGCUGGCCCAGGGACCCAUGGCCCACCUGUUCCAUGGGGUGCAGGAGCAGCACUACGUUGCCCAUGCCAUUGCUUAUGCCGCAUGCCUCAAGCCUUAUGAUGCCAGACCCCGCUGUGGUUCACCCCGUAGAGCAUCCAGCAGCACCCAGCACUCCCCACGGCCCCUACUUGCUCUCCUGGCCCUCUGCAUGGCUGCCUUCAUGGUGGUGGGCUGAGAGACCCCACCAAGCCCUGAUUCAGCCCCCUGUUGUGGACAGGAACACAGGAUACAAUAAAAUGUGGGAUGUCUUUGCCAUGAAAGGGUUUGUAGUGGUAGUUGUGCGUCGGUUUCUCCAGGUUGUGACUCCUAACUGGGGUCUGCAGUGGGGUGAAGCAGAAGAGAUGAUGGUGAGGGGUGGCCAUGUCCCUGCAGCUCCAUCCCUGGGGUACUGGGAGUCCAUGGUACAGAGGAGUUUGCAGAGCUUUGAGGUGCUUUGCACAGCUUGA